GCGCAUUAUUGGCCAGCAGUGUAUACAAGAGAAUGGCAGCCAGUGCUAAUGACCAGGCAACAAAGUCUGACAUGAUUGCACAGUCAAGGCUGUUUGCAGAUAGAGCAUUAGAUUUGCAAUCGAGAUUGUAUGAUGAUGACGCUGAGCUUGCAAUGGAUUUAGUUAUCACAGAACACAUCGUUUGGGAUAUCACUAUAAGCCCAAUGCAGUGUGCCUAUGAGCAUGAUAUGCUGGACGUUCUUGCUCAAACAUGCCCUCAACGACGUUUAAAUAAAAUAUGGUAUAGCGGAAUUAGUUCUAGUCUCGGAGGUUUUUGGAAGAAAGGCUGUUCAAAUAUUUGGUGCUGCUGUUGCAAGAAAUGUUCACCGUAUGAAGGACCAAAGGUUUUUGUUGCUCCUCUUACCAGAUUUUUGCUACAUUACGUAUUAUUUUUUGGUGCUUUGGUAUGUUACAGUGCCUUCCUUUUAGAAAUGGAUGUAUAUCAUGGAGUAGAAUCAAUUGGUUUCUACGAAAAGGCUAUUUAUUUGUAUCUAGUUGGAGAUAUUUUUGAAGAGUACAGAAAUUUGUUUCAGAAAGAUGCUAUUGUUGUAACGAAGAUAAGUAAAUCUACACAUGACAAAAAAUUACGUCAUUCACGAUGGUAUAGAUUGAAGAAAUAUUUGUUAAAUGUCUGGAACAUUCUAGAUGUUCUAUCAUAUACGCUGACUAUCGUGGCUAUAUUUGUUCGUGUGUUCAGGUCAACAAAAACAAACAAGACAUACAGACGUGUUUUCAGCAUGAGUCUAUUUGCGAUGUACAUGAGAUUUCUCCAUGUCCUGUUAAUGUCAAGGAAAGUUGGGCCAAAAAUCAUCAUGAUCAAAGAAAUGUUAAAGGAUCUCUUUCGAUUUAUUGGGAUUUUAUUUGUAUUCAUGGUUGGUGUUGGAGUUCUGUAUCAUGCAAAUAUGUACCCACAACACGAAGACAUGUGGAGUUCAGGAGAAUGGAGGCACUGGAGAAUAUGGAAAAUCAUUUAUAUUCCAUACUGGCAAAUAUAUGGAGAUCCUAUGUUGGAACAGUUUGAGGCAAAUAGUACUACGCCAUGUACCACAAUACAGAGCGAAUGGGAAAGUAAUCCUGCCAUGGAACGGUGCAAUGAGUAUGAUUGGAUACUCGUUGUGAUAACUGCUUUGUAUAUGUUGAUGUCAAACCUUCUCCUUGUCAAUCUUCUGAUAGCGGUAUUCAGCUAUCGAUUUGAACGGGUCCAGGAAAUCUCAGAGAAAUUAUGGCGUUACCUUAGAUAUGAAGUCAUUAUGGAUUACCGCACUAGGAUACCUGCUCCCCUUAAUCUUGUGAUAAGACCAAUAAACAUCGCAUACAGGUGCAUCAUGUGCAUUAAGAAUCAAAUAAAGAAAGACAAAGAAAAAGAUGACAAAGCUGCCUCUCAUAAAAGAGCGUUAGAUAAGAUCAACACACUUCAAUCAUUGAAUGCAAUUAAAUGUGUCCACAAGUUUUGAAAGGACAGACAGCAGAAAC